AUGCGCUCCGAAGACUUUUCUGACGACCACUCUACCUACGAGGAAUACUACGUUUCGGAUUUCUCCGUGCCCCUGAACGACAUAUCUAUUUCUAACUCCAGUUCGCAGCCGAAUUCUCGACCUACUGCUAACAAGCAAUCCCGCUUGUCUAGGGUCUUUGGCGCCUAUCUUUCUGAUCCACUUCCGGUUUCAGAAGAAUACGCUGAUCGUCACCGCUACCCGGACCAUGUCAUCGCGGACGAACGUUAUCCAUCAGACACCGAUAACCGUCAGACAUUGUCAGCCUCAAUACCAUCUCCGGGAUCCUACGGCAAUGGGCUAGGGAACGCUCAAGGACGCAGCGUCCGCUAUGCUGCCCUUGCUUUUCUUGGUGAAUACUCCGAGCAUGGAUCGUCCGAAGUGUCACGUCCUCGAGAUCGGUCAUCUGGCCCAUCCGGUGCCGAAGCUCCCGGGAAACGCGUCGAAUGGGGCAUGCACUGGGAGAAGUCCAGAUCACCACCUUCCUCCGCCUCUGCCGGAUACGUUUUGACGUCCGAUUUGAACACCAGCGCACUACCUUACCGCCCUCAACAAUUCUCGCCCACGUACUUCCGCGAUCCGGAUCGCCCUCAAUGUCUGCCUUCAGGGGAACGGGAAGUAUCGUCCGGUCUCACCUCUCCUCCCACCUACCGCGACGUCAGCUCAAGAAGCCGGGAGGAUACAACAGGACCUUCAUCGCCAUAUCUCGUCUCCUCGGUCAAGAGCCUCGAUCAUAAUGAUGCCCAUCGAAACAUUAUCGUUGAUAUCCUUGAAUCUCCCGACCCUUGGGCCUCGAUUAGUGAACUCUUAGGCACAACACGCCGAACCGGUCUACCAAGAUCGCCACGCCGAUACCCCAACGAAUUAGACGUCGUAAAUGGCAAUAGCCGGCGAGGAGUGGGCUACCGCUCGCCCCGACACUAUGAAGAAUCGUCCGACCUUGGGAUCGCCCACAAACCAGGCCCACUCGUGCUCGAGCCUGUGCGCGCGAAGGUUCCGGAGCCUAUUCCCACACUGUCUCCUAUUCCGGCCGGGCCAUACCCAGAAGACGAGCUGAACUGGGAUUUGUCAUCUCCCAUGCCGGGUUCGCAGGCCUAUGUUGUUGCUCCUGACUAUAUGCGCUCUCCGGAUAUCCUCGAUUUAUCUUGGAUGGACGACUCCCAGGCGGACGUGUCGGAUAUUCUGGCGAUGUGGCGGAGCGGCUCCGUCGAAGACCUUGACUUUCUCGCUGAUCACACAACGACAGAAGACUUGUCUGUGCCGCUUCCUCUGCAGGACCCAGGACUCGCUAAUACGGGUCCUACAAUUCAACCUGCGCCUGGCGACGAAGUGGUGGCAUUGCGAUCUCCUCCGGCGACGACACAGCUCGACCCCCGGACAUCUUCGCCCCCGGCCGCUGGCCGAUUUCCGUUGGACGAUCCUAUCCCGCUGGCACAGGAUUCGCCGAUGGCCCCCAUUCUAUCAGCGCCGCUGAUAGCUGUCCUGCAGGAGCAUAGGCACAGCCCGCCGAUCACAUUUACUCAGGAAAGUCGAACGCCAUCUCACCGGAAUCCCGUAUGCUCCGGCAUAGCACCCUUUGAAGGUGUGUACGAAGCCUUCGACGAGACCCACAAGCAGAACGUCGAAGGGAGCCAUCCUGACGAUUCACAGCAGCAAGUCGAAGACGAGGUGUUCCAAGGGCCUUGCCUGUUCUUCGAUGAGAUGGAUGACAGAGAGGAAGACUAA